UGUGUAACGGUUGUAGCUGAGAUGAGCCUUCCCAAAAACUAGGUUUCCAUCUUCCCGACUUCUUCUCUCUCAGACAAAGAGAGACGGACGGUAAGAAGUCAUGCCGACCUUCACCACCAUUGCUCUCGAAAACUUACUCGAACAUCGAAAUUCCGGCAAGAAUUCGUCGACUCUGAAGAACCCACAACCGUCUACCAAUGAAAACGAUGAAGCUACAGAGGAGAAGAGAGCAAAAACGAGUAAGAGAUUGAAUCACAUCUACAUAUCACCUGCUUUGUACACGACUCCGGAGCCCACUCCGAUUUUGGAUUAUUCUUCAUCAGGGUCUCUCUCGUCAUCUCCCUAUGUGUUUAAUCGCAAGGGCCGUGGUGGAGGGAAGUCGGCUAAUCGGAGAGUCGAUGGGUUUGAGGUUGAGGGAAAUGGAAGCCAAUCGGUUGGAAAUGGAGGUGAGGUGUUGCAAGGUGGAGAAGAGGAGUUGGUGGAGAGUAGUUUGUUUGGUGGAGGUGAAAAUGAAAACGGAAACUUUAUGGUGGUUGAAGAUGAAGGCGAAUGUGCGGAUGAUGAUGAUGAUGAUGAUGAUGGUGAAUUUGUAGAUCCUCGAUGUGAUUCGUUUAGUGUUGGUAGUUCAAGCGAACUAAAUGAUUCUGGGAGGAUUGCGAGCAUGAGCGUUUUGACGAAUCAAAUUGGGGAAUUUUAUGAUGCCAUUGAAGAUUUCUCCUCGGAUGGAUCUAUGUUGAGUGUCGCUUCUUGUAGCCGCAACAUAGAAUCAGAGUUGUGUGCCACAAAGCUUAGUCUCCUUGAGGAGAUUGAGAAACGAAAGACUGCUGAAAACAAUGUUGCUAUGAUGUGUAGUCGAAUUCAGAGAAUGGGGAAGCUUCUAGUAUGUUCAGAGAAUGAUAGCAGUUGGUUUGACAUUAACGCAAUGGAACAGUUGUGUCAACAAGUUAUUGUUGGUAGAUAUGUAGCUGAAGCGGUGGGGAAGGCAGAAGCACAAGUAGAAGCCGAGGUGGCUGCAGAGGUGAUCAUUGGAUCCAAAGAUAAAGAGAUCUCACGGCUGCGAGACAGGCUACAGUACUACGAGGCAAUGAUCCAUGAAAUGUCUCAAAAGAACGUUGAGUCAAUGGAGGUGGCACGAAGGCAGCGAGAAAGGAAAAGAGGGGAGAGGAAGUGGUUAUGGAGUUGUGUAGGGAUGUCGAUUGUUAUAGGAGCUUCUAUCAUCGCAUACUCGUAUGCACCAUUGCCACAUGUAGAAGCAGAAGCAGAAGCCACUGGUGGUGGUUACUAGUACCAGAACUGUCUCAAAUGAAGAAAUAAUACGACAUUGAUGAGAGAAAGAGGCUUUACUUACUUUUAAAUUGACUGACUGUUGAAAAAAGGAACUCAUCUUCACAAUUUUGCUUUGCUAUUGCUACUGCUACUGGCUGGUUAUAGUAGUUAGUUGUUGGUUCUUGGAGAGAUGUAGAUGAAAUGAGGAUUUUAGUGAAAAUCCUGCACAAUGGAUAUGCUUCAAUUAUUUGUUUGUAUGAUUUCUCAAAAUAUAACAACACUUUCCAUCAA